GCCAGCACUGAGACAGAGAGAACCUUUAUGACAUGCCGGGCCAGAACACGCAGGCUAGGGGUCUCCCACAUUCCGGCGUAGGGCUCGAGAAUCCCCAAGUCUCUGUCUGUACAAGUGCCCGGGUAAGCAGCGUCCGGCACAUGCCCUCCUCCGCCUCCUCUCCAGGCUCCAGCAGCGGCGCGCUCUCCUCUCCGGGGGGGCCUCUUCCUCCUGGCGCACGGCCGGGGGACCCACUCGCUUGCUCGCUCGCUCGCUCGCCCUUCCCCGCAGCGCCGGCACUCAGCCGCCCAGCACCUGCCCGGCCCCCUUCAGGCGCCCCGCUAGGGAGCCACAACCGGGCGCCGCCGCCGCUGCGCGCCGCAUUCCGCCGAGCGCGCGACUUGGGCUGCUGCUCGGCGGCGCUUGCCCACCGCUGCUGCUGCUUCGCCUGCUGCUCGUCUCGUCUCGUCUCGGGCGCCGCCUCCUCCUCCUCCUCGCCAGCUCCGGGGGAGAGGCGGAUGUGAGCGCAGAGCAGCCCGCACUGGAAA